AUGUAUAUCCUCGAGCAACUGGCGCGUUUGCUCGACCGCCCGCUCUUCCCUUGGAAGAACGUGCUGGUGGGCUUUUCGCUGGGCCAGUUUGUCCUCGAAGGCUUCCUCUCGCUUCGCCAAUACAAGUUUCUGCAACGGACAACCCCCCCUAAGGUCCUCGAAGGGGAGGUUACUCAAAAGGUUUACGAUCAAAGUCAGGCAUACGGUCGCGCAAAGGCCAAGUUCGGCUUCGUCUCAGGUCUCUACGGUCAAAUUCAGAAUCUCGCUUUCAUCUAUGGUGAUGUCCUCCCCAAGAUUUGGGGCCUGAGUGGCCUCUUCCUCGCGCGGUACCUCCCCGGUCGGUUCCAGGGUGAAAUCUGUCAAACAUUGGUAUUCUUCUUCGGCUUCAACAUUCUCAGCACUAUUCUCUCGCUGCCGGUUUCGUAUUACAACACCUUCGUUCUUGAGGAGAAGUUCGGCUUCAACAAGCAGACUCUCAAGCUAUGGAUCACAGACAUGCUCAAGGGACAAAUGCUUGGAAUUGUCCUCGGUGCUCCCAUCAUCAGUGCUGUGCUCAAGAUUGUGCAGAAGUUUGACAACUCGUUCUUCUACUACUUGUGGCUCUUUGGAGUCUUCCUCCAGGUCUUUGCUAUCACCAUUUACCCCAUUGUCAUCCUGCCUCUGUUCAACAAGCUUUCGCCUCUCGAGCCCGGUGAACUCAAGACUGGUGUCGAGAACCUGGCUAAGAAGCUUAACUUCCCUCUCCAGGAGCUGCACGUCAUCGACGGAAGCAAGCGCAGUGCCCACAGCAAUGCCUACUUCUACGGUCUGCCAUGGAAGAAGCACAUUGUCAUCUACGACACCCUGAUUGAGAAGACCGAGCCCGAGGAGGUUGUCGCUGUCCUGGGCCAUGAACUUGGCCACUGGAGCUUGAGCCACACCACCAAGCUGUUUGGUAUCGCCCAGUUCCAUAUGUUCUACAUCUUCGCCCUGUUCUCCGUCUUCGUCAACAACAAGUCCUUGUACCAGUCUUUCGGUUUCAUCAAGGAGCAGCCCAUUAUGAUUGGUUUCUUGCUCUUCUCUGAUGCUCUCGCCCCUAUGGAUGCCGUCGUCAAGCUUCUUAUGAACAUCCUCAGUCGGAAGUUCGAAUUCGAGGCUGAUGAAUUCGCCCAGAACCUUGGUUACUCUGACAAGCUCGCUUCUUCGCUCCUGAAGCUCCAGAUCCAAAACCUGAGCACCAUGGACGCUGACCCCAUCUAUGCUAGCUACCACUACUCCCACCCCAUUCUCACCGAGCGUCUUGCCGCACUUGGCUGGAAGGGUGGUAAGGUCACUAGCAGCAAGGAGGAGGAUAGCGAGAAGCCCGUUAAGGCCGCGGACCGCGAGCUUUAG